AUGGAUAAGAUAGGAUUUUGGAAUGUGAGAGGCAUGAACAAACCAGGGAAGCUGUGUGAUGUGUUAUGGUUCUUAAGACAUCAUAAUAUGGGUUUCUUUGGCCUGUUGGAAACAAAAGUAAGAGUGAAGAAUUUUGGUAAAGUGUUUAAUAAUUUUGGGAGUGAUUGGUCUGUGAUUACUAACCAUUAUGUUAGCAAGUAUAGUAGAAUUUGGAUUACUUGGUUGCCUAGUGUUUUUUCUGUGGAUAGUUGUAGAAUAGAUUUCCAAUUUAUCCAUGUUUGUGUUACUCAUGUUGCUUUAAGAAAGAAGUUCUGGCUGACCAUGGUCUAUGGUCUUAAUACUGCUCUAGAAAGGGAGAGUUUAUGGGCUCAGAUUGCACAGAUUGCCCCCCCUGCUAAUACCCCUUGGAUCUUAUGUGGAGAUUUUAAUAAUAUCCUUAAUCUUGAGGAUAGAAUUGGUUCUCAAUGCUCUCUUGCUGAGGUGGAACAAUUUAGUAAUUGUUUAAGGGUCUAUAGCCUUUUUGAUUUCAAAGUUGGAGGUAUGUUCUACACCUGGACUAAUAAACAGGAAGGGGAUGAUAGAGUUUGCACUAAAACUGAUAAAGCUGAGUUUCUUCCUGGGGGUCUUACGGAACAUUCUCCCUGCUGUAUGAAUUUGGACAGUGCAGUUGGAAAUGUUAGAAAACCUUUUCGAUUUUUUAAUAUGUGGACUAAGGCUCAAAAUUUCCUAGCUAUUGUAAAGGAUGCCUGGGACAGACCAGUUCAAGGUUCUGCUACGUUCAGGGUUGUUAAGAAGCUCAAAGUUGUCAAACAGGAACUCAAGGCCCUGAAUCUAACUCAUUUUUCUUCUAUUGAGGGUGCUGAUAUUGCUGCAGGGAAACACUUAGUUGAUAUUCAAAGGAAGCUUAAUGUUGAUCCUAAUAAUGCAAGAUUGAGGAAUCAGGAGCAUGAAGCAAGAGUGGCUUAUAAUAAAGCCCAUACAACUAGGUUUAUGUUAUUGAAACAGAAAGCUAAAACUCAUUGGUUAAAGGAAGGUGAUGCUAAUUCUAGCUAG